CUUUUUAAAGCAACAAAAUAUUUUUUUUUUUAAUUUUGAUAUAACGUUGCUACGCGAGUUGUCACUUUUGAGUGCGAAUGUGUAUUGCUAGACCGUGCGUGAGUGUGAUUGUUGAUUUCGAAACGCUCUUUGAUUAACAAAAACAAUUGCCGCCAAAAUGUCCACCCAAUUCGAGUUUAUCAUGCAACUCUACAUGAUGAAUUUGUUGCAGCAACAACAACAACAACAGCAGCAACAAUAUCAACAGUUGCAGCAGCAGCAACAACAAAUUCAUAUACUUCCCUCAGCCAACAAGCGUGAGAUGGAAAUGGACAUCAGCAGCAGCACAAUGACCGCAACGGCAAUCACCAAUAUCCCUCAGCAACAUCAGCAACAGCAGGAGCAGCAGCAGCAAUCACAGCAGCCACAAAAUCCAAGAACGCAAUUACGCAAAAAUUCGCAAACCACCACCACAAUCACCACCAACUGUAGUAGUAGCAGUAGUUGUAUCACCCGUAGUCCCAAUAGUAAUUCCAACUCCUCAAUAGCCAUACAACAACAGCAACUACAUAAUACACAACACAAUCUUUCCCCCCUACAACAGUUGCUGCUCGGCCAAUUGGCGCCACCGCCGCCAAUGCUAGCAACGCCGCCACCUGCGCUCACCACACCCUCGAAUUUGUUUUUGACACCAACAACACCAAAUUCAGGAUUGUCCGCUACGACGGCGCUAUCAUUGGCCGCGGCUGCAUACAAUGCCACUGCGAGCAGUCAACUUCCCCUACAAACACAAUUAUUCCCCACAACCCAAUUGGCUUGUAAUACACCCAUUACAGCUGGUAAUUUUCUUCAAUCUUCCACAGUGACAUCUACGCCCACCGAAGAGGACGAUGAGGAGAAUGAGGUGGAGGUGGCAGCGUCGACGCAGCUGGAAGAGGAAGAGUGUAAUCUCAUGGAUAAUGACUCGACCGCAUCCAACAGCGUUGAAGAUGUCAGUGGUGUCAUUAUGCUGGAUGAUGAGAAGUAUUGUGCACAAGCGCAGAACCCGACCGAAAGGCAGGAAGAUCAGCGUGUUUGCGCGAAACUAGAAGCAGAAGCGGAGGAAGGUGACAUUGAGGUGCAGCGGGAUAACGACGAUGGAGUUGAAGAUGCUGGAGACGAAGUAGCGGAUGAAGAGGAGGAUGACGAGAAGCCUUUGGCUAGCCUAUUGCAUAGCACCUCUGGUGCGGAAAAUCUGAAUGCGAGAAAUAAUUCAACAAACGCUCUGGACGAUUCAACGAGUGGGCCAUACCAAACGCCCACGAAACAUCCAGCCGAUUCUACCCACUAUAUGCCACAACAGAACUCUACCAUCUCUCAGGAUACUGCCAGUUCGUUUACCCAACUCGUGGAUAGUGAGAAGUCAAAUAUGACUCCAAUGUCAUUUGCCAAAACUCUACUUACUCCACCGUCUAGUGACCAAUUGCCCACAGCGAGUAACAAUAAACUUUACUUCAGCACUAACCAGCAGUCCCUCAGUCAUGAGUCCAAUCAGUCCAUUUCCAAGACCACUGCUCUCAGCAACUCUUCAGCCAUCAUGAGUCUUAGCACUGUCAGCAGCUUAGAUGCCUUUCUGCAAAAUGAAGAGAACCUUAAGAACUUGCGGAAAGUCUCCUCUUAUCUGGAGUGCGACAAUGCGCUUUGUCGUCAGGAGAAUCUUCGUGAACAUUUCCACUGCUUUGAUGAGCCCUGUCAGGGUAAGAUACUCAGCAAAAAGGAUGACAUCAUACGUCACCUGAAGUGGCACAAGAAACGUAAGGAGAGUUUGCUGCUGGGCUUUGCCCGCUUCUCCGCCUCGGACGACUGUGAGCCAUCUUAUGGCGCGGGUUGCGCGUACUGUUGGAAGCAAACGCAUUAUCAUUGUGUCUAUGAGGAUUGCACGAAGGUGUAUGUGAGCACGAGCGAUGUGCAGAUGCAUGCGAAUUUCCAUCGCAAGAAUUCGGAAAUUGUGCAGGAGGGCUUUCGACGGUUUCGCGCACACGAAAAUUGCAAAAUAGAAGAUUGCCCUUUUUUUGGCAAGAAGACGUCGCAUUAUCAUUGUUGUCGCGAGGGUUGCAACCACACGUUCAAGAACAAGGCGGAUAUGGAUAAACACAAGUCCUAUCACCUGCGCGACUAUCAGCUCACUCAGGAUGGCUUCAAGAAGAUACUGAAAACCGAGGCAUGCCCCUUUGAAGGUUGCAAAUUCUCAACUGUCUGCAAUCACAUCCAUUGUGUACGCGAGGGCUGCAAUUAUAUUUUGCAUUCAAGCAGCCAAAUGAUCAGCCAUAAACGUAAGCACGAUCGGCUCGAUGGCGAGCAGGCCUAUCAGAAGUUUAAAAAACAGAAAGAUUCAAGCGGUGAGGAUUCACCAGCGCAAAUUGCCACAACAAGAACAGCGGCCAGCACAGUGGCGCCUUCUAAUAUGGCCACACACACAACAACGCCAUUGUCUUCGCUGAGCGCAGAUCGUUUUCUGGCGCGUAAACGCGGGCGCCCACCAAAGAAAAUUGAACUGCCCGUCAAGACAGAGCCAACUAAGCGCAUCAAAUUAGAGUCGAAUAGCGACCAGCUGGCAGCCGCUGCUGCUUGCGCGCAACUCGCCACCAACAAUGGUGCUAAUAAUUCACUGUUGUCUGGUAGCAUAGGUGCUCUCUUUCCAACGCCUUACCUUUCCAACUACAAUGCCGCCACCGCCACCGCAGCCGCCGCCGCAGCAGCUGCUGCACAAAGCAUGCAAAUGCAGGACUCCAACACACCCAAUAUGCAAUUGACGCAUUUGAUGGCACUCUUCCAGCUGCAAAAUCCACUCUUCUAUCAAAAUCUCUAUCCCGGUGGCAUGCCUGCGAAUAUGGCGAAUAUGUUGGGUGCCGCAGCGCUGGCUGGUGCCUUGCCAUCCGCCAGCGGGACCUAUGGCAAUAUGUCAGCGAUUGGUGGCGCGACGGGUGCGACCAUAAAAUCGGAAUUUGGCGACAAGCAGCAGCAGCAGCAGUACAAAGAUUGAAUGCGGCGGCACGCAAUGUUGAAUUGUUGAAUAGGUUUUGACGACAGGGGUCGCCUACGGUAAAUUGCAUUGGGAAGCGUGUGGUUUUGCUCAUUGCAAAAUUGUAAUCGAGAUAUCACAUGCGAAGCGUUCGGCGUGGCGCACGUCCUCAAACGGGUACUUGUUGGUUGUUCUAGAAACCCGAGGGCGUAAAAUAAGCUGUGUGAUACAGUGUGCCCACCGACUUACAAAGCUUGAGUGCAAUUGGUUGCAAAAGCUUAAAGCUCACACUCUUGAUUUGUGUGAGACCGUAAGUCUCACAUUUGUGUUGAGCCAAUUUUAGGGCGUGCAAAUUGCAUAUAUUUGGUGGGACUCAUGUAAUGUUAGACUACUCGUAUGCUACUUAGGAAUAAUUAAGUUCUGCAAAAUUCGAUGUACCUAUGCCCAGAUACUGAGAUAGGGGAUUUUUAGCGGGAAUUCAGUUUAACUUUUUAGAAGCACAAAAUAAGCGAACUAGAAAAUUUUGAUGAUUUCGUAUUCUUUCUUUUUUAAAUUAAUUCCUAAACGCGUUUUCUAAACAAAUUCAAUUUCUGAUUAGAAAAUACCUAUUAACGCGCUUGAAAAGUUUCGGAGAGCAUCUUUGUCUGUAUGAUAGAAGUUAAUAGAUUUCAGGACUAGUACAGGGAGAAUAUCAUUUCAAUAAUUAAAAUGUAGUACAGGCGAGUUUUAUGGCAUUUCAUGGCUUAGUUUUGAUAAAAGUUUCUUUGUCAACUUUUUGAAAACUGUGAAAGCUCGUUGCUUAGAGCUGCAAGCUCAGUUCAUGAAAGUUACCGCAGUGCUUAAAAAAGCUGGCAGAAAAACUUUUAAAACAUAAGUUUUCAUAAAAAUUGAUAGUUUCUGAAAGGCGCAUACGUUGGAAUUUUUUAGUUGAAUCUACCAAAGGAAAUAUAGGAAAUGUCUCUAACUCUGGACUGUCAUCCUUCCGAAUCCAUUCAAAUUAUGACGCGCGUUCCAUUUUCUAGCUCUCUUAUUUUUUCAACAUUUGUUUUGCUCUAAGUUUUAAUUUAUAAAAGCGCUGAAAUUACAUGUUUAAAUAAAUAAAUUAAAUAAACAUAUAAAUAAAAAUCUAUUGGGGACAUUAUUUGUAUUCAGGAUUUGAAGGUUUUCGUUAGUACACAAAAAACAAAAAAGGGAUGACGUUCCAGUGUUAAAGAAGCCAAAAGAAAUAAGCCAAUUAUAA